AUGAUAGCAAAUUUGCCAGAAGUACGUCCUGACCCGUCAACUGAUGGCAAUACCCCUCCCAUAGGAAUGAAAGCCCUUUUAGUAUACAUAAGUUCAUUAAUUCUCGGGGUUUAUAACUCUGAGAAUUUAAUUCCCAUUACUCGAUACGACUGUAACUUUGAUUCGGGAGACCUGUGUCAGUGGACAGACAUCAGUGCCGGUGAUUAUGAAUGGGUGGUUAGAAAACCUAUGGGAGGGGUAUUGCCAUCAGUUGACGGGUCAGGACGUACUUCUGGCAAAUUUGCUAUCAUUGACACCCAUAUGAAGGACUCAAACAUAGCGGCAGUGCUCACAACGAGUCCAUUAGUGGCCACUAAACCAAACUGUGUAUUAAAUCUGCGGUACAGGAGUUACGUACCGACCAGUUAUAUCGCAACUUUCAAAGUCAUUGUACAAUCGCCUGAUAACGGGGGCCGGGAUGUGCUGGUUGAACACGAACUCCAUAAGGAAUGGACUACUCUAACGGCAAAUAUUGGACAGUUGGCUGAAGGUUCAAGAGUUCAAUUGAGUGGUUAUGGGGUGACCUAUCAGAAUGACCCUCCUUAUGCUGAUGUAGACAUCGAUGAUAUCAAAUUUAAUACGAUACUCGGCCUCCAAGUCCACUAA